AUGAAAUUCCCCACAGUCUUGAUGCUCACCAGCAGUCUUAUAGCCGGUGUCCUGGCUGUCCCGGUUCCGGGCCCCCCUUCUACAGAAGACCUGGAUGCCACUCAUCUUCCGAUGCACGAACAGUCCACGGGCCACGGUGGUGACAUGCCCAAUUCCAACCCUCUGCACAGAAGCGCCAGGAGCCCACAGCUCCUCGCAGGACAGCUUCUCAGGCCGCUUGUGGGAAUCCCAGCCAGAGUGAAGGUCACGGCCUCACUCCAAACGAAGCGUCAAGGCCUCACCAUCCCCGGAAAUCUGCCUCUCAGCAUCACGGCUCCCCAAGUUUCGGUUCCCGAGAUUUCUGUCCCCCAGCCUCUGGUUUCCGUCGCCGGGCCUCCCGAGGUUCCAGGCUGA